AACGCCCACAAGUUCAUGGUGAAGUGGAUGGAAGAACAGGAGCGUCAUUCGCCGUGGAACGAACUGGAAGAGGAUCUGGACUCUGAUUGGAGCGUGGAUAGCGAUGAGGUCGUGGUUGAGAGGAGCUCUAUCUAUGUACCUGAUUACCUUCAAACAGACAGAUCUGUUAACAAUGCGCCGCGUCUAUUGCUAAGAGCAUUGGAUUGGGUUUUACCUGCUCCACAGAGAACUCCAAGCAGUGAUCACAGCCUACCAGACUUACCACCGCACUACCAUACUUGGGACAUGCGCUACUAUGAAAUGGUCGUUGAACCGGACAGCCGUGUCAUGCGAUCACCGUAUUACUGAGAUACGGGACUGUCAAGUACCCUCGCCAAUACGAUAGCGCCUCGAGCGAAGCAUUCAUUUCAUGGGGUGUUUUAAGGUAUAACAGCGAGCAGCCCGGUUCAGACUGGGCGUUCUAGUUUUUAGAAUUUGUAGCCCAUGAACAGUCGAAAGUAUGCCCCGGCCAGAUGUGUUUACUCAUCUAAAAAAGUACAUUUUGGCGAAUCAUUGAUAAAACGAGCUUUGACACGUACUCCACGAAAGAAUUCGCUGAGUCGGCGUUGCAGCACAUAGCAGCGUGCGUGUUGGUUAUAUAUAGCAUUUACGAGUAAAUCAAGAAGUUGCGAAAAUUAUGAGAAUUAUCAUCUUUCAAAUAUAAGAAGUAUUUGCAUCAGGAAUAGCAAUAAGC